AUGCAUUCCCACCAUUCACACUCUGGGACCUACGUUUCCCAUGCGGUGGACUCUCUUGAUGAUAUUGUGGAAAAAGCAGCUGCGAUAGGCUUUAAGAUCUUCUGCUUGACAGAGCACAUGCCCCGACUCAACAACCAGUUCCUCUACCCCGAAGAACUUGAGAAAAGCUACACCACCGCCAACCUCAGUUCUAACUUCACCAACUACCUCCAACACGCCCAGAAGCUCCAGUCACACUACAAUGCUGGAACCGAACUCAAGAUCUUGAUUGGAUUUGAGGUGGAGGGCAUAGAUUUGGAGCACAUUCAAUACUCCCAAAGCAUCCUCGACCAGAAUCCGUGUAUCAACAUGACGGUGGGAUCUGUGCAUUACGUCCAUCUGGUGCCAAUUGACUUUUCUGCUGAACAGUGGCUCGAAGCACGUACCAAGACCAAGGAAAACACCACCAGGGCCUUGUACAGAGACUAUUUUGAUCUUCAGUACCAGGUGAUUUCGACCUUGAAGCCUUUGGUGAUAGGACACUUCGACUUGAUCCGCUUGUUCGAGCCCAUUGAUGAAAUAGAUCCAACAACCGGAAAACAAUUGGCAGAGAUCAAUAUCGAAAACGAUUGGCCCGAUGUGUGGCAACUGGUUGUCCGCAACAUUGAGUUCGUGGGGUCAUAUGGAGGCUUGUUUGAGCUCAACUCAGCAGCCAUAAGAAAGGGCUGGAGUGGACCCUACCCCAAGCAAGAUAUGUGCGAAGCCAUUAAGAAGUAUGGAGGUGGUAGAUUCUGCUUAUCUGACGAUUCACAUGGUUUGAAACAGAUAGGCUUGAAUUUUAAGAAGACUUGGACGUAUGUGAUGGAUGUUCUUCAUUUGGAAUAUAUAUAUAACUUGGAUCUCGAAAAUGGCAAGACAAUUGUGGUCAAGAACAAGGUGGAGGAUUUGAACAAGGAACCGUUUUUCAAAUAA